CUGAAACUGAUUACGUUUAAGGCUUAGCGCUCUUUCAAAUGACAGUACAAUAUAACCAACUUGUUCUCACUGGGGGUCCAGGUGUAUUUUUCAAAUUGCUAUUAAAAUGGAGAGGAUGUAUUUUCAAACUGAUCUACAUCGAUGUUAUUGUUUUCAUGACUUUAUACGCAUUAAUCACUUGUGUAUACCGUUUCGCUCUAUCGGUUGAGUGGCAAAGAACCUUUGAAGAUAUUAUAAUAUUUACCAGGAGCUUUCAAGGUUUAAUACCAGUUUCUUUCAUUCUUGGUUUCUAUAUCGAUAACGUCUUUACAAGGUUUUGGAGACUAUUCAUGACCAUCCCAUGGGUGCUUAAGUUCGCCAUUUCAAUUUCUGGGCAUCUUUCUGGAAACUCUGAACGUGCUCGUUUAAUGCGACGAACGUGCUUUCGGUACAUGAUGUCAAGCCUAAUAAUGACCUCUACACGUCUCAACUUAAUUGCUAAGAAGCGUUUCCCUACACCAGAAUUCUUCGUCGCAGCAGGAAUACUUACAGAAGAAGAGUUGGACAUAAUUAUGAGUGUUAGUCCCAUUCAUGUCCAACCGUUUGUUCCAAUAGUAUGGACUACUUCCCUCGUCACUCUCGCCGGAAAAGAAGGCUUUAUUACUAAUCAUCAUGCUUUGGUGUCCAUCAUUGAUGAAAUAAAUAACUUUCGUCAGGGUCUGCUGGAUAUGUUUAUGAUCGAUUUUGUUUGCAUCCCAUUGGUUUACACACAGGUUGUCACAUUGGCAGUAUAUAUUUAUUUCAUAGCCUCACUUGUUGGUCGUCAAUUUAUAAUCGAUAGUUCACGAACAACUUCACAAGAUCUCUAUUUUCCUUUCUUCAUGUUCCUAGAGUUCAUAGUGUAUAUGGGAUUGUUAAAGGUAAGCGGUAUCACAAUUCUGGUCAUAUACUAUAAUUACUGUUACAUAGAAUCAGUUAAACGGGUUCACUAACUACUUCCUUACGUACUUUCCUUCCUUCCUUCCUUACUUUACUCUACCUUAAUUAACUAAUUACUUACCUACAUAGUUACUUGUCACUUUUGUACCUGACACUUUCAUUUUCUGUCUUCUUCAGGGGCUGGUAUUCUGAUUCUUAACGUUCACGUCGCUAUCGUUAGUGGGUACAGAGCACUGGAUGACAUUCAUCGUAAUCCCCUCCUUUGUUUUAAAGGAUGCUUUGAUGAUCCUGCAUCCAUAAGAUUCCUAUCCUGCAAGUGCUUUGCGUGCUUCUUUGAACAGAAUCAGUGGAACUCCUUGUGUGUACGAAGCAUUUUCUUCAUGACCAAAUCACAACAGCACGUCUCCUGAAGUUACUCUUUCCUGUCGAUCUUGCCUCCGAUGGGUUUUACUUAUUCCAAGCAUCACCAGGUUGUAUUUUUUUCGUUUCAUUGUCUAUUUGACUGGUCCUGCCACAUUGUGUGGACUUUCUGUGUACCUAUGUCAAUUGUUGCGCUGGUUUUCAAAAGGGGCAUCGGCCUAGAAACUUCCGAAGAGUCUCGGUUUUCACCAUAAAGCGUCAAAAUGAAUGAAAAUCCUUCAACUCGGAGAACAGAGUUUAAAUGGUUCAAAUUGUUUCUUCUGGUUAGCGUUUUUUAUGAAGGUUUUCUAUGAGAUGGGGUUGCUGGUCCCUUGCCCAACCCUCCUUUAUCCGGACUUGGGACGCGCAGUUAUUUAUUUAUUUAUUUGAACAC